ACACGCACAAACACAAACAGAUAGAUAGACAGAUAGAGGAAGAGAUAGAGAUAGAGAUAAGAGAAAUGUCUUCAUCUGUACAUCAACUCUUUAACUUCAUCAUCAUCAUCAUCAUCACCUUCACAACAACAACAACCACAAGAGUGAAUUCCAUGCCUAUAUUAUUCCCAGAAACCCUAAAACAAAAUCUUUUCCGAAAACUUAAACCAACGAAAUCAGCUUCUCUAACUCAACCCUACACCACUCACUACUUCCCACAAGUCUUAGACCACUUCACCUUCACUCCAAACUCCUCCAAACUCUUCCCCCAAAGAUACCUCAUCAACUCCACCUUCUGGUCCUCUUCUUCCUCCCCCAUCUUUGUCUACGCCGGUGCUGAAGAUGACAUCAAAUGGUUGGCCUCCAACUGUGGCUUGUUCGAUAUAGCUCCUAUCUUCAACGCUCUCAUUGUCUUCAUUGAGCAUCGCUUUUAUGGUGAUUCUAUACCGUUCGGAGAUACUUCCAUCCACAAUCUUGGUUACUUCACUUCGACACAAGCUUUGGCAGAUUACGCUGUGCUCAUCAGGAGCUUGAAGCACAAUCUUUCGGCUGAGGCUGCUCCGGUUGUCAUCUUUGGUGCCUCUUAUGGUGGAAUGUUGGCUGCAUGGUUUAGAUUGAAGUAUCCACAUAUAGCAAUGGGAGCAUUGGCAUCAUCAGCUCCAAUUUUACAGUUUGAUAAAAUUGUCCCUUGGACUGGCUUCUAUGAUGUUGUUUCUCAACGUUACAAGGAUGAGAGCAUGAACUGUUUUGAGGUGAUAAAAGGAUGUUGGGAUGAAUUGAUGUCUACCAAUUUGUCGGAACUCAGCAAGAUUUUCAGAAGUUGCGAGUGA